AUGGACCAGUCCGCAUUCCGCUCUCUCCUCUCGGCGCCCCGUGACCCCUCCUCCUCCUCUUCAGGCUCCAAGAAGGCCCUCGGCGGUGCAGCUCCCAAGCGCGGCUGGGGCAUAAAGCCGAAGGACACCAAGGCGUAUGAGAAGCCUAAAGAGCCAGUGGCUGAACGGCCAGCGUUUGCGCCUAGGGCGACACAUAAGCGGAUCUUAGAGGAAGGGGGGUAUAAGGACCGGGCGGAGUUGAGGCGGAAAGGCGUGGAUGAUGAGUAUAAGCCUGUGGAGAAAUUGCUGGAAGACUUUGAACGGACAGCCAAAGAGUCUGGGAAGGACGAAGAGGAGAUCAAGAAGCAACGAGCAUACCUCGGAGGAGAUGCGGAACACUCCAUCCUUGUCAAGGGACUCGACUACGCCCUGCUCGCUGCAAGAAGGGCGGAACUCGCGCAGGAAAACGACAACAAUGCUGAUGAAGAGCUGGACGAGCUGGUGAAAGGUGUAGGAAAGCCUGCCGGGGCCAAGAGCAAGAAAGCAAAGGGUGCUGAGGAGGACGGGAAGAAGGCAGAAGUAGAGCGACUGGGCAAGGGUUUCAAGUCGAUAGGCCAGAAAGAGGCGGAAGUAGUCUCCGGCGAGAAGAAGAAGAAGAAAAAGAAGAAGAAGGUUAUCCCAGCCGCUGAGCCUGUCCCGGCGGUCAAGGAGGAGAAACCAGCCUCGACCGGGGCGAGCGCGAUAGCCGGGCCUUCACGCCUACCCCCGACCAAACCUGCUCCGAAGCCUGAACCGGUCGAGGAAGAGGAGGACAUCUUUGCCGAUGCGGGUGAAUACGACCUGAAUGCCAACCUGCCAAGCGACGAGGAAGAGGAGGACGACAAGCCGACUCCGGCUGGUCCGAAUCGGAACGCUGCGCGGCCAGCCUCUCGAUCCCUGUCCAGGUCACGGUCGAGAUCACGGUCAUACGGGCGGAGAGAUGUGCAGGACGAUCGUAGGGCGGAUGGAAGGAGAGAUAGCCGGGAUAGGAGCAGGAGUUAUGAUGAGCGGGAUACGAGGAGUCGGCGGCGGGACGACUCGUACUCACGGUCACGCUCGAGAGACUGCUAUGACAGUCGACCAUCCGGGCGGGAAUACCGUCGGAGCCGGAGCGACAGCAGGGAUCGCUUCCCCAGCCGAGAUGACCGUGGAGGAGGGCAUGGCGAUCGAGGCAGCUACGGGCGGAAAGGCACAGGCGGAAGACGAGAUGGCGAGGAAGGCCGUCGAGGGGAAGACCGAUAUGCUCGCCGAGCCAGGUCGCCAUCCCGAGACAGCUACAUCGAGUCCAAGCGGCGGCGGUAUGACUCCCCUUCACCUCCUCACCGCCGGUACGACGACAGUCCACCUCGUAGAUCCCAGUCUGGCCGAGAUCGAUACACCUCACACUCGCCCUCAUCCCCUCCGCGGCGCCGAUCCUACUCUCGCAGCCCAUCACCCAUGUUCCGCGCUGCCUCUCCUCCCACCCGCCGCCGACGCUCCCCGUCCCGAUCUACCACCCCUCCCCUCUUCGCCACUAUCGCCCCGGCCCUCUCUCGCUCCCCCUCCCCCACCUCAUCCCAGGAAGACGACGCCGCACCCCGCAUCCCGCGCAAACUUGCCCCCCUCCAAGGAAGCGCGAUCGCCGAUGUCGGCGCCUUCUUGUCGUACGAUAAAGACGCGGCGAAAGCGGACGAGAAGCGAGCCAAGAAGGCUGCGUGGCGCGCCAAGCAGGGAUUGGGGCCGCAAGAUGGGGCGCCGAGUGCCGAGGCGGGCGCAGAGGGCGAGUCGGAGUAUGCGCAGAAGAAGAGGGAGGGGGGUGAGAGGAUGAAGGCGAAUAAUGAUUAUGUCAAGAUUAUGAAGAAGAUGGGGGAGAAGGCAGGCGGUAGUGGGGAUGAUUAG